CUAAUCACCACCCAACCAAACCAUUUUGAACACACAAACACAGACACAAAACUCUCCUUCUCCAUUCUCUUCUCUUCCAUGGCGUCCCUGACCCCAGGCGUUCUCUCGAAGCUACUCGACAACGCCGGCUCGAAGGUAACCGCCCCGCACCGGCAAGCCCUUCUUCAGGUGACGGAGAUCGUGCCGCGCCUCUCCUCAACCUCCCCAUUACAAAGCCGCGGCUACUUCCUCAAACUCUCGGACUCUCUUCACUCCGCCUACGUCUCCGUCCCCGACGCCGACGCCGACCUCAUCUCCGCCGGCAAGCUCAACCUCGGCCAGUUCGUCUACGUCACCCGCCUCGACGCCGCCUCCCCCGUCCCCCUCGUCCGCGGCCUCAACCCCCUCCCCAAGCGGAGACCCUGCGUCGGGAACCCCAUUGAGUUGGUACCAAGUGAGAGGCUUCGCGUUACCACCACCACCACCAAGAAGAAGAAGAAGAAGAAAGUAGAGGUUGUUAAGAGAGGGAAGGGUUCUCCCGAAUGGAAGAAGGAGAAGGGGUUGGAGAUGAUGAGGAGGUUGAGUUUGGAUUCUUCUAGAAGGGUUUGGGAUCAUAGUCCGGUUUAUGAAGGGAUAACUGCUUCUGCUUCUAACAAACUCAAGGCCAAGAAAUCUAACCCCACUUCGCCUAACGAGAUAGACAAGAAGGUUUUUUCUGUCAAACCAGAUUCUCCACUAAAAUCGCCAACAUCAAGUAUCUCACCCUUGAAGAAUAAAAACGAGAACCUUUGUCCAAAAUCAUUGACAAGCACACCCUGUGGUGGCACUGUUCAUAGCCAACUUGUUAAAGUGCCACUCAAUUGCAAGAGUUGGCGGCAUGAUACUCCUGCAUGUUGUGAAGAUGUCUCAUCCCCCAUGUGUGAUCUUGGAAAACAAGUUGUAGCUCAUAGAAAUGUUGCUUUUUUGGCAGCUGUGCGGUCUCUUGAAGAAGCAUCAGCUACAGAUACUGUGAUCCGAUGCAUGUGCAUGUAUGCAGAACUUUGCCAGUCUGGUCAAACACAUUCUCCUGGAUCACUUGUGAAGCAGUUUUUGGAGCUUCACCUGAGUUUGCAGAGAGUAACAGUGCUGAUUGAUUUGUUACUUAACCCAUUUCCUGAAACAAAGUCAAGCAGCCACUCUACCCUACAGUGUCUAACAGAAGAUGCAUGCAAAGUUCCCGCUCGGAAGAAUGCUAUAUCUUGGGUACAAGCUGCCAUAGGUACCAAUCUUUCCAAAUUCAAUCUAUUCAAAACACAGGCAAAAAGUGAGGUUCUAAAUGGCGAGAAAUGUCAUUAUGUUGUCAUUGAGAAUUCUCCUGAGGACAUCAAUACCGAGAAUUCACCUGCUCAAAACAAGCAAAAUCGUGUAACUCAAGCAAACCACUUGCCAAAUUCAACUGCUAAAAAACUUCCUUCUUCAAAGCGGAAUCUCUUGGCAGCCAAGAACAAGGAUGCUGACAAACAUGAUCGAUCAAAAGAAAUCGAAUUAAAAGAGGUUGCGAGUUUGGCAGAAAAACUGCUUGAGGCAUCUAGCGAAUGGUUCCUGAAGUACUUGGAGGAGUCUCUGAGUAAUGAAUAUGGGUUGAAAAAUGAAGGGAACAUUGAAAUUGCAAGUCUUCUUGGCCAGCUCAAACAGGUGAAUCACUGGUUAGAUAAUUUGGCUGGUGGAGAUAAGGUUGAUCACAGGGUAGAGAAGCUAAGGAAAAAUUUGUACCGGUUUCUACUUGAGCAUGUUAAUUCUGCCGUUACUUGUAAUUAGAGCAAAUGUAGAAGAACUACCAGAGCUAACAACUGACUAUGCAUUGGACAGCUGACAGUGGUAUUGCAGUGAAUAUUUGAAGUUUAAACAGCUCGUUUUGGUCUUGGUGUAACCACUUAACAUAGGAUCUUACAUGUACCUUGUAUAAUUUAAUUUAAUCUUACUGUCACUGAAUGAAGUUAUGCCCAAGAUUUUACAAUUUUGAGCUGUAUUCUAUUGAUAUGGAUAUGUUAUUACUGACAGUAAAUUUUAUAGUUUAUAUUCAUUUUGGAUUAACCUUGGGAGAUCCCAGUUCAA